AUUAUAUUAUCAACCUUUAAUAAUGUUUCAAUAUUUAAUUCUGACUGUAAAAUAUUAGAAAGUAAUUUAUUAAAAUUAUUAAAUUAUACUUGGUAAAGUUCUAUUGUUAUAUUAUGUGCAAAUUAAUUUUGAAAUUUAAUUAUAACCUGAAUUAAAGCAUUUUGCAAACGUCGAUAAUCGUUAACAUUAAGUGUCUUCUUUUUAAGCUUCUUUGCCAUUUGUGUAACAAAUAUUGAAGAAUAAGAUGUAUUUUCUAUACAUUCUCCAAGAGCAGGACGAUUCUUAUUAACCACUAUAGCACGUUGCUCCUUUCUCUCUGUAUUAAUUGCUUCUCUUAAACGUUCUCGUAUAACCUCCAUUUUCAAAUUGAAACAAUCAUACGUUUACAUAUUAUCAUAGCUAUUUGAUAACUUUUCACUGGUAACUGAUCGACCGUACAGAGCAUCAUCUAACGAUGAGAUAUAUAACUAAAGUGUAGUUUGAAUUCCUAUUGAUAAGUAAUUCAUACAUAACUGUAUAAGAACAAAUCAUUAAUUAAUAAUUAUAUAAAACUCGAAUAUAUAUUUAUGUGAUAAAAAUAUAGUUUCUGAUAGAAAAAUUAUUUUAACAAAUAUAAUAGACACUUAUCCUUUGUUUUUAGUGAUCACUAUAUAAAUCUUCUGCAUGUUACACUUUUAUAAAUUGAAGAUAUUCAUGAACUUUUCAUCCCUCAACUUGGAAAAAGAAUAAAAAGAAAUGAAAAUACAAAGAGUUCGAUGAAUAUUUCUCUAGAUUGACAGAUAUCACUAGAUAAAAGCAUCAAUUUAUAAAAUGAGGAAAAGAAAGUAAAAGAAAAGACUGACGUAAAAGAAGAAAACGUAUAUAACUGAUAAAUAAGAGGUUUGUAUGUACAUACGACAUUACACCAAAGGGUAUAUUUUCAAGCAAUUCUAUUAUUAGGAUUGUUUGAAAAAUUCUGCGAAAAGAAAUCUUAUCGAUUGGAUCGAUACUUCACAAACUUUUCUAUCGGAAAUUAUAGGAUAAACGUGAAUACAAAAUUAUAUGCUUUCAUGUAUCACUCACACUUCAAUAAUUAUAUACAAUACGCGCGCAAAAAAAAAAAAGAAAAAUACUAGCUAAAGAAAAACUUGAAUCUUUCGUGACUUUACUUUAUCAUUUUCUUUGGUGCUUCUUAAAAGAACAUAAGCAAGAAUUUUUCCUUAAUACCACCGAUAGAAAAUCUUCAGCCAUUUGAAAUUGAAAACAAAGAAAUGGAUUCUUUUACUAAUCACUAUUACAAACUCAAUCGUUUACUUUUUUUAAUAAUCGGCCAAUGGCCUUAUCAAGAUUACAGAAUGAAAUUUGGUCUUAUGAUUAUCAUAUUUUUAUAUUUUGGUCUAGCUUUGUUAGGUCAGAUAUUUAAACUCAUUAGAGCUGGACACGAUUUGGAUCUUAUAUUCGAAAUUUUAAUAACAUUAUUAUCCAACGUUAUUUGCAUAACAAGAUAUUGUAAUUGCAUUGUCAAUGUAAAUAAGUUUAGAAAAUUAUUGGAAAACAUCAAAGAUGUUUGGAAUGCAACAAAAAUGAAAGAAGAAAUUGAAAUAAUCAAAAUUUAUGCUGAAGAAGUAUUCAGUUACUUUUCAUUAGGCUUCGUAGAUUUAAUUUCGUUGAUGCCAUGCAUAUUAGAUGUCGUUUUACCACUUAAUGAUACUAGAACUCGUAAAUUUUCAUAUCAAGCAGAAUUUUUUCUCGACGUAGAGAUAUAUUUUUAUCCUAUUCUAUUGCACACGUGGAUAACUAUGUUUUUUGGUGUGACCAUACUAAUCACUACAGAAAGUAUAUUUCUUAUGUUUGCUCAACAUUGUUGUAGUAUGUUCAAAAUACUUUGUUACAGAUUAGAACAUAUUUACGAUAAAAAUUUAGAAAACACCAAUAGAGAUAAUGCUUAUUACGAGGCUAAAUAUAGAGUAGCUGAUUGUAUAAAAUAUCACACAAAAAUUUUAGAGUUCAUCACAACUGUUAUUUCCUAUCACGAAUUAUCCUUUUUUAUUCAAUUUUUAAUCAUCGUGAUUUUAACGAGUAUCGUUUUCGUUCAAAUUAAAAUACUUCUUGGAAAAUACGAAGUAUUAAUAUAUUUAGCUUUAAUAGGAAGCCUUGUGUGUCAUGGAUAUCUUUGUGUUUAUCCUGGACAAAAAGUUUUAGAUCACAGUAAUUUAUUAUUGGAAAAGGCAUACAAUGGAUUCUGGUAUCUCGCUCCGACAAAAGCACAAAAAUUAUUACUGAUAAUAAUAAGAAGAAGUAUAAAUAGUACUCCAUUAAUUAUUAUGAAACUAUACGUACUUUCGCAUUAUAGUUUUGGAUUGGUUUUUAAAACGUCAAUGUCUUAUUUCACGGUGCUCUAUUCAUUUCGAUAAUAAUACAUGUGUACUUCGAUAUUUGUAAAAAUAAAUCAAAGCUAUUAGUACAUGUUCAUUACGUAUAUCUACUAUAUCAAUUUUAAUUAAAUCCUUAUUCUUUACUUUGUACAAAUAAAUGAGCUACAAAUAUUGUGUGU